AUGCGAGCGCCGGUGAAGGAGGGGGCUGCUCCCGGUGACGAGUUGGGCUCGUUGGCCCGACGUCACCCUCAGGGCUCCGAGCUCCCGACUCUUUCCUAUACUGAGCACCAGCGCGUUGCCGACCACGCGAGUCCCAUUCGUCCUCCAUUCGUCCAUCCUUCAUCCCCCACGAUAGGUACACCGCUGCCAAAAUUUUCGGUCAUUCCAGACAGUCCUCACAAAGACGUACCGGAGACGCCUGCACCGGUGCCUUUCCCGGCGCCACAGACCUUUGAGAUUAUUCCGCCGCUACAUAGCAUUCUGCUUCGGCUGCUCUCUCCACAAAAUGCGCAGACAGAGACCGGUGGCGUUGACGCGCACAACGCAGGGCUUCCGGAAUCCUCUGCUGACCCCCAGUCACAAACCCAUCAAGCACCAUCUACCCUGUCUGCGGGCGACAACAGCAACUCCGCAGCUGCGCAAACCAUACCCGACAUGUCUGCUCAAGACUCCAGCGGACUCCCCGCGCUCAACGUCAAGGACCUGCCCACCGCAACCAGCUCCGUCCGGAUUCGCAUACAAAAGGCGCGUGCAGUAGUCGAGACACUCCCGGACGUGAGCCGGACGGUGGAAGAGCAGCAAGCAGAGAUUGCCGAGCUGGAAGACCGCAUUGCCCAUCUCCAUGCCGUCAUUUCGGAUUUUGGCCAUCGAGCUCAACAAGCUCACCCAGGGCAUGCGGAGACCACCAAAGCUUACAUCCCCGGAGAGGCGACCAGGCCAUGA